CGAACGCGAGAUUUAUAAGAUCUCACCGCAUCCCCAGUCGUGCCUGAAGCAGCUUGCAUAUAAGAGCGACUGUCCAGCCAAAAAUUUAUUAGGCAAUUGAAACAACUACACCGUGUACGUUUUCGUUGCCCUAUCCCUUUGCUGCUAGAUCUAACUAUUAACAUUCCGGUGCAACCAUGGUUCAUUUUAUACUGGCCGUUUCCUUGCUCCUCGCGCUUGGCACUGGAGUUAGUGCAAAUUGCGAGGUCCGUCCUAAUUGCGAUUACGAGCAAAUCAGUAUUGAGCAAGGGAAUGCAUGUCUUAACUACUGGACGUGCUCAGGCGAUACUUUCACGUGCUAUUACCCUUCUGAUGCGAAUCCGGGAACGUGGAAUGGCUGCUCAUAUAGUGCAUCGGCCGAUUGGGCACUCACAGCUGGCCCCACUGAGAUCUGUACUGCGGAAGCGGGAGUGAACCCGAAAUGUGAACCUGGUAAUGACUCUUACGACAUUGGCGAACAAGGUUGCAGCGCUUCAUAUGGGUUUGUCAAUGAAACCAACAGUUAGCUGUUGUAAAGUGAAUGGGUUGAGUUGAAGAUCCUGGGGCAGCAUAGGCUACCUCUACCUUGACACAAGUUCACGAGAUGCGAUUUUUGGUUGUUUAUUUUUGCUUAUUAUCUGUCUACAGUAUGUACCGUGUCUAAUGAUUCCUGCUUUGUACGUGGUGGGUG